GUAACGUCAAAAUCGCCCUUGUUCAUAAUAAAUUUUGCGUAUGUGUCAUCGUCAUCUUCCUCUGCGAAAAGUGCAAUUUUCGCAAGAUAGAAAAUCAAUCAUCGUUUUCACCACCACGACAGUCUCAAAGUGCAAAAUAGUGGCCAGUGUAAAAGUGUACCGUACGUUCUAAAUCUAAAAACAUUUCAUGCGUUAGUGCGUUUCAUAUAGACAAUCCUCAUUGACGACGAUUAACGGUGGGAGUGUCGGAAUUGAAAAUUUUCUCACUAACUUGGUUGGUGUAGCAAAGGCUGUAGCAGCUUUUUUCUUUACAAAAGUUUUCCACAGUGUGAUGAAUAAUUGUUUACGCUGAUAUCAGACCCAACAUGGAAAGACGAUUGUUAUUAAGUAUCAAACAUAAAACAAACAUCAUUCGACAUUGAUGUGAAACCGUGUGGAAAAUCGUGUGAACCAAACCAACAAAACUUGGGCACUUGGAAAGCUGAUUGAUUUUGCGACGGGAAGCAGUUUUACUAGUACUGUGUGUUUUUGUUAGGUUUUUUUUUUAUUUUAAAAUUGGGAUAUGGCAUCGGAAAAAAUGUCCGAUAAAUGUCCCCAUAACAUUAAUGACAAAUGGCUAUAUUUGAAAGACGACUGCAGCAAAAAGUCGUUCUAGAUGAUACUGAAACAAUAGUAUGCACUAUUGAGACAGCGCAAAAUAUCGACGGACAUACGGAAUAUGUUCUGAAGGUGCAGCGUGGACCAUACCCUGAAAACAGCUGGCGCAUUUUGAGACGUUACAAUGAUUUUGCUUCUCUCAACAAAUGCCUACAAAUUUCGGGAAUCGACCUGCCGUUUCCCGGGAAAAAACUUAUUGGUAACAUGCGCCCUGAAUUCAUAGCUGAGCGAUUAUCUGCACUGCAAGAAUAUUUAAAACAAGUACUCAUGAAUCCCAUAUUGGCUUCAUCGUUGCCAACCAAAAAGUUCAUUGACCCGGACAGUUAUUCAACACCGUUCCACGAUUUAGCGCUCCAAUAUGCGUCCAUGUGCUUACGGGCCGAGGGUGUGUUCACCCUGGGUCAGUCACUUGGGCCAAUUGGUUGGCGUUUGCGAAAGCACUACUUCAAAGUAGUCCACAAGCCACAAGGAAACAAACACUCGCCGGGUCAUUCCACCACCAAGCAUCACUUGAUUAAAUCGAGUUCACAAUCGCACGGUAAGCAGCAUACUACACAGGUUUGUGUGACUACCUCUACCGAGAAGGAUUAUAACAACUCCCGGGAGGGAAGUGGUAAGGAGGAUUUGAUUCUUAGCUGGACUGAGUUCGGACCGGACAGAUAUAUCGACGAGAAGGAAAUUCACAGUGUGCUUAAAAAUUUUGGUGGUGUGCAGCAUCCUUACAUCGCACCAAUCGAGUACAUCACUUCGAACGACAACGGGGCAUUAGUAAUCAGAAAAUUUCACAAACAGGGCAGCUUGAAAGAUAUAUUGUGUGCUGUUUCUCCGUGUAAUGCGUUCCUUUCGAAAUACGGCAGUCCUAAGGGACGAGCUCCGUUGCCAUUGAAGGAAUUAGCGAUGUACGCACGACAGAUUUUGGAAGCCAUCCGCUUUCUUCAUUCCAAGGGCAUGGCAUAUGGCCAUGUGCACUGCGGUAACGUGUUGAUCGUGGAUGGAGUAGCUCGUUUGAUGGAUGUUGAGAAUUUUAUUUUUGGUGUGCCCUCGUUCUACAGACCUUUCUUUGUCCAGCAUAGUAAAAUUAACACUUGCGAAGCGAUUGAUGUGUACGGUUUUGGUCAUCUGUUGUACGAAAUGUGCAUGGGCUAUCCGUUGCAGGAUUCUUACGCUCGCCAAAUAACGGACUGUCCAGAUAGUCUAAGAUCGCUAUUGGAAUCAAUCCUAUCUAAAGAUGCCUGCAAAUCGGCUCUGCCUACUUUGGAUCAACUGGCGACGCAUCCAUUUUUCAGCGAGUACGCUGCAUCAUUCAACGAUCAGUAUGCAGCGGCCAUCGGGAUCCUGAAACCACAUCUAAAGUUUUCAUCCAAUGCCAAAGAACAACUAAAGAUUGCUGUACAGAAGACUGAGAAUCGUGUCCGAGAUGAGCAGAAGUCGGUGAAAAACCAAAAGCGUCUAGUCAGGGUGCAAGAGAUGAUGACUUCAGAGGAGGAGAAAAAGAAAAUCAAGCAUAAAGCGAAACAAGAACAACGGCAAGCAAAAUUGCGUGCCCAGAAUUCUCUGCAGCUAAAUAACGGCCCUCCUCAAACGGUGACGGUUAGCGCUAGUUCAGGGUCAGCCGGGGCAGUUAUGGUCAAAUCGGAUAGUGCAAAUAGUAUUACCUCGCCGCAAGAUGUAGGCUUAAUGUCACCUCCUCCUACAAACUUAGCAGCAACGGACAGUGGCAGCGGUAGUGUUUCAUCCCCGCUACCACCUCCACCUCCGUCCGCUCCGCCAGUGGCUCCACCGUCUACAGUGUCCCUGUUUGAGCAACAGUCUGGUUCCUCUAUCAAGGAAGGUAGGCGUUUACACAAGUCAAUUUCCGGUGACGACGAUAAUGGCACCACCAACAAUCGCAGCGCCCUGCUAGAAUCGAUUUGCAACUUCAACAAGAACGGUCUAAAGAAAAUAAACAUCAACGAGAAGUGAGAUGAAGAUGAUCGGUGUGUGCUUGAAUGUGCAAUUCCUCAAGUGUUUGCGUUAUCCUAACUCGUUUAACGAUCGAACGUAAGAGAAUAUUCCGCAUGUGAACAUCAAUCAAUCAAGCCGACCCGCAGUGAGGAAUACUAUUUAUGAAGGGCACAUCAAUUUAACAUACAAACAAAUAAUCAAAGUAACUUACAAGUAUCAAACAGAAGGAAGUGUUUUGGACCAAUUUAUUCGUAUUGUAGUGACAAUUAUAAAAAAAUACUACCGCCACCAAUAAAAAGCAUCAUUAUCAACAACAAAUACAAAAACACCGCGUAAAAUACAGAUUCAAAAUAAGGUAUAAAUUAAAUAAUAGAUAAAAAACACUACUAGUAAUUGAUGAAGAUAAUCCAGUAAGUGUCAUGGAAUCUAUACGUUUAAUAGUAUCUCAUUUCUGUUGAAAUCUAUUUGCUGAUUUGGAUAAUUUGUAUCCAUGUUUUACUCGCCAUUUAUUGUGCUUUCAAGAAUAAUAGCUAAUCACUAAAGUUAUCUUCUUUAUUAUCUGACGAAGCAGAAGUUAAUAUUCCAAUUUCGAUCAGCAUCAGCAGUUUGAUGACAGUAAAAUUUAAGUGUGCACUAAAUUUUCUAUACAUUAGCUUUUCACCAUCGAUGGAUUCCUUUAGCAGAGUCGAAAAAAUCGCCUAUUGAGAAAGACUUACUUCGUUAAAAAUUUUGUUCUCCAACAAGGAAGUAUACCGAACACUGCAUUCAAAUUUCGUUUUUUAUUCCUUGCAAUCUGACGAUUUUUCGUGUUUUUAUUCUAAUACAAAGUAUAAGUGUUUUCCGAACAUCAAAGAUAAUUAUACGCUAAAUUACCUGUAUGCAUGAGUGAAAAUGUUGGGGAAAAUGAAUCGACGACAGGCACAAUGCAUCCUUGCAGGAAAGCUAACUGUGGAGCAUACGGACUGUCAGCAAACAAUCAGUAAACAGAAAAUAAAAAGUUAGUAUUUGAUAAUAUUAAAAAAUCCUGACUGAUAUGUACUGGAUAAGAGCUACCACUACAAUAACGAUCUGGAAUAUCUGUAGCAGCGAAACUAAUAAACGGAAUAGAUACAUCUCUAUAUAUCUAUGGCUUUUAAAUGCACAUGAACCACGAACAAACAAUUGGCACUUUGAAUGGUAAUUAGCAUCAAAUAUAUUAUUCAGUAAGUUAUUGUUGUUGUUAUGUAGAUGUAUUGUGAAUACAAUCUUAAUCAAUCGUUUGCGCUAUAGAUCUUAACCUCUUGUACGUUUCAAUGAUUUUAUGGUUUCUCAUCUCAUGUGAAGCUGUAUCAUUGAGAAGUAUGGUUAUUUUGAUUGAACAUUGUUUUUAAUCCACUUGUGGAAGUGCUAUGGAUCGAAUCAUUGAUCCUUGUGAGAAUCAAGGAUUGCGAGCAGAAAUGAUCUUAUGAAUGAUAUCAUGCUAAAUGCGAACUAUUAAAUGUUUAUAAUGUAAAAAUAUGUGUUUUAUAGCAAAAAAUACCCAAAAAUGAUAGCUAAUCUAUACUAGAAAUGCACAUUCCACCAGAACGAACAAAGCUUUAUUCUUCUAACCAUUCAUCUAUCUUGAUAAUUUAAAAUGUUCAUGUUUAGUGCCAUAGUGGGCGUUUCUAAGAUUUCCUUCAAGAUAUAAAACAGUUGAGACCUGCUGUGCUAAAUAAAAAGGAUUUAAUUAGUGUCAAAUAUCAAAUUGUUAUCGACUAAAAACCGAGAAUAUUCGACUUAAGUCCAGUGCUGCAACCUAUAUAUUUAUUACUACUAGUAAAGUUAUCUCUAUCUCAUAUAAAAGUAACAACAAUUAUUGUGAUUUACGUGAGUAAAACUUGUAUCCUGAUAUUCUCACCUUUUAUAAUAACAUUAUACAAAUCCAAACGAUUCCAACCAGUGUAAAAAAUCAUUUAAAUGCCAAAUUCGGCAAAAUAACUGUUCAUAUUUCUGUGGCAGCGCAUACAUUGUAGCGGUGGUUAAUCAUUACUAAAAAUAAACUACUUUUUUGAUAACGCUAACAAAUUUAUAGAAAAAUACUACUACUUCAACUUUAACAUAAAUCCAUUUAAAAACGUGCGUUGCAAACAUCUAGACAAGCGAAACAUAAUGUUAAUCAUAUUUCUGCUCGCAUGGAAUUCAAAUGUAUCUAAAAAAAUCUAAGGCAAAAAUAAGCUGAUUAUGAUUUGCUAACAAAAUAUGAUUGUGCUAGUCUCAAUGAAAUCGCAAUUGAUUUGCUGAUGGUUACAGUCGCGUCCUUCGUAAGAACACAUAGCAUUCACAAUUUAUGAUAUAAAGCCCCGAACAGAAUAAAAUGUAUUAUCAACAGAUCGAUUGUAACUAAAUGAAACCACCACACAAAAAGAAGGAUUAUAUUUGUCAAAUUGAAUAAUAGAACAGAUGAUGUUAGUUUUCGUUUACAGUUUUGAAGCAAGCCCUGGCAUGAUGUUUACCGCACAUCAAUAUGUUGUUAAUAAAUAACUAAAAAGGAAACAUCCGUUUUCAAGAA